AUGUUAGAACCCGACCAAUGCAAUGACCUCGUCAAACCCUCCAUCACCCAAUUCGUCGUCUCUUGCUCGUUGAUGGGCUGGCUGCUCAUCUGCUACAUUCCGCAAUGGGGCCGUAUCAUCUUGCGCAGAUCCGCAGAGGGCUUGUCGACGUACUACAUCCUCCUCGGCUCCCUAUCCGGCGUGUGUGCUGUGGGCAACAUCAUGAUGCUCCCCUCUAGUGCAGUCGACAUCGGCUGCUGCAGGACCAACACGCGCUUUGCCUGCAUCAGAGGCCUUCUCGGAAUGCUCCAGGUCAUCUUUGGCAUCGCGUGCUUUUGGAUCGUCCUUUUCAUGUACGUCUACUACUCGGAGGAAGAGGCCGACGCAGAAUUGCACGGGCGUAGACCGUCACUGUCAGGGCCCGACCGGACAUUCCGCCGCGCGAAGCGGGCGUGGAAGGUCCUCAUCGCCGCAUGCAGCUUCGCAUUUGCCGUCCUCCUGGUGUCAGCCAUCAUCCUGCACCGCUUCCCUUGGUACGCCCAAGCGUGGGCAGACAUUCUCGGCAUCGCGGUGGCGGUCUUUGCAUGCAUCCAGUGGGUCCCCCAGGUUCGGACUAUUGCCCUAACCUGA